CUUUCCCCGAUUCAGUUAAGAAUCGUUGCUAGUCGUUGAUAGAUAUCCGUGACGUCUUCUUCUUCGGCGCGAUUGACUCACAGAUAGCGGUGACGUCAGAGUGGUAUUUUUUCACAAUUAAAAUAGCAAAAAGAAAUAGAAGAAAAAACCACAAAGUGAAAGUUAACAUGAUUAUCGCAACAAUCAUAUUAUUGGAUUCCAUAUAAUAAUCGCACUGAUAUCGUUUUCAAUUUUCAUCGGUUUCGCGGAGGAAAAUCAUGUUCAUGAUUAAUCUCAUCUUGUUAGCUGCGGCUCUCGCCGGCUGUAGCAAUAUUCAGGCUACUCCUAUAUUUUCUGGACUUGGUCUCAGCAGGAGUUUGUGGCCGGUUGAUCGUGUCUUCCAAGAUCGAUUUCAUGUCGGACAAGGCCGUUCAUGGAAUAAAAAUAACGAGCCACCUCAAGACCACCCAACGAUAAUUGAUAGCAAUGACGAAUCAGAGUUGGAGCAAGAUCGUGGAAAAAGCGACUACGAUCGACAACCGAAUGAAGAUUACAUGGUUCCUAUAGAUCAGUGUUGGGCCAUUGUGAACCAGUCCCCGAAUGAUCGGCGAACGAUGCGUGCCAGACCUCUUGGAUAUCCACGUCAAGAGGAACGAGAAGAAUAUAACGGCGGUGACACGCGACAGCAAUACUUCGACUCUGGCCCUCUCAAUCCUCCUGGUCAUAACCACCGUAAAAAUACCUGGAGAACGCAUCCCCUGCCAUUCCAUCAUCGUGGAAAUCACCACAAUCCACAUAUAGAUCGACACCCAGCAUCACAAUAUCUGUUAACACUACCGGGUCAAGUUCAACAUCCUCAACCCUUCCCACAUCCGCAUCCGCAUCCGCACCCGCACCCGCACCCUCAUCCACAUCCACAUCCAGGUCACCAUGACAAGCCAUUUCCCCAUCCACGCCCAGAUCAUCAUCCUCCCCAUCCACACCCGCAUCCAAAUCCACAUCUACAUCUAGAUCAAGAACCAGAUUUGGAAUAUACUUUGUCAUAUGAACGCCCGAAUCAGCAGCCGCAACCUUUCCCGCAUCCGCCGCAUCAUGGCGAAGAACAUCCCAAACCAUUUCCACGUCCACUACCGCCGGCCCCGACGCAUCAUCCUCAUGGCGGUAAUAAAUACGAACUAGAACUCUGCCAAGAUAACACCGACUCAGAAGAUAUGAUUAUUCCAGGCAUCGUGGAUCAAGCGUCAAAAUUGGGAGGAUUUGGAGCCGAUGACGUGACCCCGAGUACCACGGUCGUAAGUUCUGGAACCUCGACGACUGAAUUCGAUUGGAACAGUUACUCCGUUCCAACAGAACCGGAAAGUUCAAGCGAAGCGACAACUGAAAAGAGUGAUUCAACUAACGUUGGCCCAAUAAAAUCGACAACGGAAUUCGAUUGGAAUAAUUAUUUCGUUCCAACGAAACCGAAAACCGACGAUGACCCGGUUGCCGUUACGAAUAAUCCGGUGAAAACUACGACGGAAUUUGAUUGGAACAAUUAUUUUGUCGAGGCCUCACCUGAUAAUCCCGGUGGUAUCGGAUCGAUCGAUAUUAGAGGAGAUUUUUCGUAGAAAAUCGAGCUUCAUUUUUCCAGUUAUUUUUUUUGGCUACGGUAGUUACCAAAGUUUUACACAUAUACAAAUAUAAACGUAAUUGUAUAAUGAUGUAGUAUGUAAGUUUUCAUUUGAGUUUUUGUACAAUCUUUGUAAAUAAAAUUCACAUACGUCAAUUUGA